AUGGCCUUACAAGCUCCUGUCGCAGUGCAGCACGUCGUCUCUGCCUCUUCCGAGCUGUGGCCUACCAUGUCCGCCGUUCUGAGAUCACCAUGGCAAGGCUUUGGCCGCAAGCCCGCUGCCGCCGCCCGACAACUUCACACCGCGCGCCCAUCGGAGCCUUCUCUAGCAGCAGCCCACGGCCAAGUAGGCAACCCUCGUUUACGCGCCUCCUCCAGCAUACUGAUGCGACCACAGUCCCGCUCGCUUUCCGUCCUACCUGAAUUCCUCGAGUCCAUCCCCAUCUCGGCGCUUCGAUCCACACCGUCUUCCGAAGCGUUGCGAUGGACACCCACCGUGUCUGGAACUAUAUGUGCAGCACCGCGACUCGGACUAUGCAAUCCCCUCGCCCGGAACAUGGCGUCUGGCCAUCUCAGAGCACGGCAGUACUCCACCAUGUUGCGCAACGGGCCCCUGUCACAGCUGCGUCAGCUAUCGAAGCCGGGAAUGGUCGGACUGGGCCUGAUCCAACAGCGAUCGCUCUUUGGUGGACCUUCUCAUGAGCAGUUGGCGCGCCUCGAGGAGGCUGCCAACAAAAACCCCACCAGCGCAACGUCUCAGGCAUCCUUCUACUCGGCUCUCAUGCGCGCCAACAUGCCUCAAAUCAUCGUCAACCGGUACAACACGGGCCAUUUCGCUACAAACGCCGUCGUGGAUAGGUUCUACAACACGGCCCUGCAGAAGACGGGACAGUCGGGCCAGGUGCAAGCUGGCCAAGGGCUCUCGCAAGAGCAAAUGCAAGCUGUCGCUCAGGCCGUAGGCGCCAAUGCUGGUGGAAGCCAGAUUGGCAAGGCCCGCGCCGGUGCUGGUGUCAAGAGUGAUCCCGUCUACGUCGUGGUCGAGGAGUCCUUGAUGAACGUCAUCUUCAAAUGGGUCCGAUGGAUCUGCGGUUUCGCUUUGGCUGCCUACGUCUCCCUGAUUCUUAUUACCCUUUUCGUUGAGACCAGUGGCGUGCUUAAAAAGGUGGGCGGCGCCACCAGCGCUGAAGUUCGUCCGGAGCAUCAAAACACCCGCUUUAGCGAUGUCCAUGGUUGUGACGAGGCAAAGGAAGAGCUCCUCGAUGUUGUCGAUUUCCUCAAGCAUCCCGACAAGUACAACAAGCUCGGCGGCAGACUUCCCAAGGGUGUUCUGCUCAUCGGUCCUCCUGGUACUGGUAAGACGCUGCUUGCCCGUGCUGUUGCGGGCGAAGCCGGUGUCCCCUUCUUCUACAUGUCUGGUUCUGAAUUUGACGAAGUCUACGUGGGUGUCGGAGCUAAGCGCGUCCGCGAGCUGUUCACAGCUGCUCGUGCCAAAGCCCCCGCUAUUGUAUUCAUUGACGAGCUGGACGCCGUGGGUGGAAAGCGAAAGUCGCGCGAUGCCAACUACCACCGCCAAACCCUGAACCAACUUCUCAACGACCUUGACGGCUUCGACCAGAGCACUGGUGUCAUCUUCAUUGCCGCUACCAAUCAUCCUGAACUUCUUGACCAGGCGCUCCUCCGGCCUGGUCGCUUCGAUCGACAUGUCCAGGUUGAGCUUCCGGAUGCUGGAGGACGUUUGGCCAUUCUCAAGUACCACACCAAGAAGAUCCGCCUUUCCCCGGAACUCGACCUCUCCAAUAUCGCACGGGGCACGCCUGGUUUCUCGGGUGCCGAGUUGGAGAAUCUCGCAAAUUCAGCAGCCAUCCGCGCUUCCAAGCUCCAAUCCAAGUUCGUUUCUAUUCAAGAUCUAGAAUGGGCCAAGGAUAAGAUCACGAUGGGUGCUGAAAGAAAGAGUCGCAUGGUUCCGCUUCAGGACAAGAUUCACACGGCUUAUCAUGAGGGUGGUCACGCACUGGUCGGUCUUUUCACGAAGGGCUUCAACGACGUCCAUAAGGCUACCAUUCUCCCUAGAGGUCACGCUGCUGGUAUCACAUUCUUUCUUCCUCACGAAGAGCAUCACCACACGCGCCAACAGUACAUUCGCCAAUUGCAAGUCUCAAUGGGCGGCAAGAUGGCCGAGGAAAUCGUCUUCGGCGCCGACAAUGUUGCCGACGGUGCUUCUGGCGACAUCCAGCAAGCUACAUCACUCGCCUACAACAUGGUUACCGCAUGUGGUUUCUCGGACGUGCUCGGCAACGUCGAUUUUAAGUCCAAUUACGAAAUGGUCUCACCCGAAACCAAACGUCUCAUAGACAACGAAGUACGCAGGUUGAUCGACGAAGCGAAGCUGAGCGCCAGGAAGCUGCUACUUUCAAAGCGUCAGGAGCUGGAUCGGCUAGCGGACGCGCUUGUUCAGUAUGAGACGCUGGAUAAAGACGAGAUUCUGAAGGUGAUUAAGGGUGAAGACUUACCUGGUCGGUUGAAGGCAAUGCCAAAUCAGCCGAUAAAGAUACCUGACAACCCCCUCAGCGCAGUUGUACCAGCGCCUAGGGGCAAUGAAGGGUCAGGGCCGCCAGGACCGGGGCUGCCUGCGUAG